AAAUCCUCCUCCUCCGCCAUCAUCCGCCGCCGUGUGCAGAGCAGGUGGUGUGGGAGACGCGAGUGACGAGGAUCCUCGGUGUCUCCCGGUCCCGCCUCUUCCCCGGGAGAAUAGACAGACGCGAGUGGCCUGGUCAUCGGGGCCGCUGGAUCUGAGGCGGCGACGCUCGGCUGGCCCGCCCGGGCCCGGGAGUCGGUCCGUCAGUCUCCGCCCCAGCGGGCGGACUCCCCGCUCGCUCCCCGCACGCGGCGGCGCCUGUUGACGCUUUCAGAUCUCCAGGGGAGCCCACCCUUGUGGCCGUCAUGGCCUCUGAAGACAUUGCCAAGCUUGCAGAGACCCUGGCCAAGACACAGGUGGCUGGAGGACAGCUGAGUUUCAAGGGCAAAAGUCUCAAACUCAACACCGCAGAAGAUGCCAAAGAUGUGAUUAAAGAGAUUGAAGAGUUCGAUGGCUUGGAGGCUCUGCGCCUGGAGGGCAACACGGUGGGUGUGGAAGCGGCCAGGGUCAUCUCCAAGGCCUUAGAGAAGAAGUCAGAGUUGAAGCGAUGCCACUGGAGCGACAUGUUCACAGGAAGGCUGAGGUCUGAGAUCCCGCCAGCACUGAUCUCCCUAGGGGAGGGACUCAUCACAGCGGGAGCCCAGCUGGUGGAGCUGGACCUGAGUGACAACGCGUUUGGGCCUGAUGGAGUACGUGGCUUCGAGGCUCUGCUCAAGAGCCCCACCUGCUUCACCCUGCGGGAGCUCAAGCUCAACAACUGUGGCAUGGGCAUUGGUGGUGGCAAGAUUUUGGCUGCAGCUCUGACAGAGUGUUACCGGAAAUCCAGUGGCCAAGGCAAGCCACUGGCCCUGAAGAUCUUCGUGGCUGGCAGAAACCGUCUGGAGAAUGAUGGGGCCACUGCCUUGGCAGAAGCUUUCGGGAUCAUCGGGACUCUGGAGGAGGUCCACAUGCCACAGAAUGGGAUCAACCACCCUGGCAUCACAGCCCUCUCCCAGGCCUUUGCCAUCAACCCCCUGCUGCGGGUCAUCAACCUCAAUGACAACACUUUCACCGAGAAAGGCGGGCUGGCCAUGGCCGAGACACUCAAGACCUUACGACAGGUGGAGGUGAUCAACUUUGGAGACUGCCUGGUACGCUCCAAGGCUGCCGUUGCCAUCGCAGAGGCUGUGCGCAGCGGUCUACCCAAGCUCAAGGAGCUGAACUUGUCAUUCUGUGAAAUCAAGAGAGAUGCUGCCAUAGCAGUGGCUGAGGCCGUGGCGGACAAGACGGAGCUGGAGAAACUGGAUCUCAACGGCAACGCCCUGGGAGAAGAAGGCUGUGAGCAGCUGCAGGAGGUACUCGACAGCUUCAACAUGGCCAAGGUGCUGGCGUCCCUCAGUGAUGAUGAAGGUGAUGAUGACGAAGAUGAGGAAGAAGAAGAUGGGGAAGAGGAAGAGGAGGAAGAGGAAGAAGAGGAGGAGGAGGAGGAAGAGGAGGAAGAGGAAGAUGAGGAAGAAGAAUCUCAGCAGCAGCCAGGCAAGGGAGAAGAGCCGGCCACGCCCCCCAGGAAGAUCCUGGACCCCAACAGCGGGGAACCAGUGCCCGUGCUGUCCUCCCCGCCCCCUGCAGACGUCACCACCUUCCUGGCAUUCCCCUCCCCCGAGAAGCUGCUGCGCCUGGGACCCAAGAGCUCCUCACUGAUUGCCCAGCAGACAGACAUAUCUGACCCCGAGAAGCUGGUGACCGCCUUCCUGAAGGUGUCAUCUGUGUUUAAGGAUGAAGCUGCAGUGAGGACGGCAGUGCAGGACGCAGUAGAUGCCCUCAUGAAGAAGGCCUUCAGCUCCUCGUCCUUCAACCCCAAUGCCUUUCUCACCAGGCUGCUCAUCCACAUGGGCCUGCUGAAGAGUGAAGACAAGAUCAAGGCCAUCGCCAACCUGUAUGGCCCCCUCAUGGCCCUCAACCACAUGGUACAGCAGGACUAUUUCCCCAAGAAUCUGGCCCCCCUGCUGCUGGCAUUCAUGACCAAGCCCAACAGCGCCCUGGAGUCCUGCUCAUUUGCCCGCCACAGUCUGCUACAGACACUGCACAAGGUCUAGAUUGGAGCAGCCUCUCCCGGUCCGUGGCCUGGAUUGGGACAAACUCUGCUGCAGCAUGCCCUCCGCUCAGGCAGGACUCUGGCAGGGUGGGUCCCCGGGUGCGUGUGUCUGUGUGCUGUGUGUACAGGUGUGUGCUUCCUGUUGGGAUCUGGGUCCUUGUGUCUCCCUGCUGGACGGGCCCUGCCAUGCUUGGGGCGCCCAUCCCUGGGGAAGGAGCUCGAAGGCUGCUUUGCCAUUAAACUCCCUGCCAUUUGAGGGCGCUCUGCUGGUCUGUGCUUCGCACUCAGGGCCCUGUUGGCUGUGUCACCCCACCCCACCCACCUUCAGCUCCCACCUGGGCUGCCCCAAGGCUGGGGAGCUACCGUCCCUUCCCUUGUGAGGUAAUUGGUCUGUCCUCUGCCCAGCUGGGGGCUGCUUGCUCAGUGGGUGCUCCUGCCUUCUGUCUCUAAACCCUGGUUCUGAUGUGAUCACCAUCUUCCCGGUCCCUGGGCCAUACCUGCUGUACUGACCACUAGCCCCAGCAGUACCUGCCAGCACGUGGCCUCAGGUGGUCAGCAGAGGGCUAGCCCUGGCCUCCAUGUUAGCUGGACUGGAAGAGCGCAGAUGCCAUGCUGUCCAGGAUUGGAGGGGUCUGCAGCUGUGCCGAUGGGUCCCUCCCUGGCUGAGGAAUUGCUUGUGACCGGCCUGGGGGCUCAGCCCUGACCCCCCUACCUGGGUAGGGGAGGGAGAAGGGAGCCCCCCUCCGAGUUCAUCUCAGAAAGGACCUCUAGGGGUGGGAGUGGGGUCUGCUUUCCCUUUGUGCUCUGUGUCUGGGCUGUGCCUAGAGCUUCACAAAUAAAUUCAUGUGUGGCAGCUG